UGCUGAUCACAUCACAUCAACCGCCUCGGUGGCGCCACCUCCACUUUUCCCGAGUAUAAAACUAUAAUGAAUGAAGGCCUCUGAAUCUGACCCUUUCGUCCCUCUCGUUAUUUCCUAGGACACAGUAAACGCCAACUUUCCUCCAGAGAGAGAAGAGAGAAGAAUUCAAUGAAUUAAACCGGACAUUGGCGGCUCUGGUUGAAAAAUGGGAGAGCAACGGGGGAAAGUAGCCGACUCCGGUUGCCAGCGGCGGCGGAGUUGUGUGGCGAGUCAGAAUAAUUAUCCAAACUUCUGCAGACUGAUUGUAUCAACCAGUGCUCAAGAGAGGCUGAGGAUCCCGGGGAAGUUCAUCAAGAAGCUUGGGAAUGAAAUUCCUAAUGUUGCAACUCUCAUAACUCCAAAUGGUUGUGUUUGCCAUGUCAGAUUAGAGAAAAUUGAUGGCAAGUUUUGCUUCACUGACGGUUGGCAUGAAUUUGUAAACCACCAUUCUAUCGGUGUGGAGUGCCUUUUAAUCUUCACAUUCCUCGGGAACUCAACCUUGAGAGUGAACAUAUAUGACAUUGGUAAUGCUGAGAUAAACUAUCAAUGCAACAGUCACAGAGGACCAAGUUGUGGAUACCAGGUACCUGUUAAGGAAGACGAUUGCGUUGGAUUGAUGGAUCGCCUCCCUCCGCGCCAAGCACCUAGAUCUCGGGAAAUCAAAGAAGCUGAUAAUGUGUCUGAAGCCAAACUAAACAGUACAAAGGGAGAUAAGCUACACAAUUUCAAGAAUUUGGAUAAGGCACCGGUUCCAUGCGUUCAGUGUGGUUACCGAGAAUCCAGUUGUGGAUACCGAGAACCUAUUGAGGAAGAAGUACAAGAUGAUGAUGAUGAUGUUGGAAUAUUGGAUCCCCCUCCUCCCUGCCCAACUCCUAAUUCUUGGGAAAGGAAAGAAGCCGAUAGUGUGUUUGAAAAAACAGCCAAAGCAAACAGAGCAGGAAUAUCCAACUCACGGUCGCCCUUGUCCUAUGUAGUGAAGGAAGUGCUGCUAAGUGAGCUUAUGACAUCUGAAACUAGGUUGAAUCAAGAAACCAGAAAAAGAAAAAUAGAUGAAUGCGAGGAUUCAGCUAAAAAAAAAGUGAGCAAGUCACCAACUCCUGGCGCUGAAACAAGUUUGUGGAGAUCGAGAGCCGUGACACCCCAAGAAAAAGUUAAAGUGCAAAAUAUAUCAAGGAUGUUUCGUUCUGAAAAUCCAUUCUGCAGGGUUUUGUUACGAUCGUCGUACACACACAAGGGAAAUAGCCUGCAUUUUCCAUCUUCAUUUGCUGAGAGGUAUCUCGGAGGGGUUUCACAAUUCAUAACCAUUGCAGUUUCCACCGGGGAAGAGUGGCAGAUCAGGUGCACGUGGCUGGAGAAUGGUUCGGCUAAAUUAACCACGGGGUGGCAUCAAUUUGUUCUGGAUAACAGGUUGGAGGAGGGUGAUGUUUGUAUUUUUGAGCUGAUCAAGACGGUCAAUAUCGUGCUCAAAGUUACCAUCUAUCGGGUCACCCCAGAUGCAGAACGGCCUGUACCCGCGAGAAAGACGAUAAAUGAAACAAUGCAGAACAGCGAACCGGCCUAUGGAGUAACAACUCGGUCCAAAUCAGUGAAAUCAGUCUCUGGUAAUGAGCUGAAUGGAUGAAAUCUAUCAGUAAAACUUUCUUUUCUUUGGUAGAAUGUGAACUCGACGAACAAUUUCCCUUUUGUGUUCAAGAAAUUUGGGAGUAGUCCGUACAGAAAUUGGCAUCUUGUCUGCUCUUUCAAAACCUUCUUUCUCUUAAUUCCUUCUUAGUAGUUGUUUUUUAGUAUUUCA